AUGAUGCGAACGUGCCCACAUUGUGGGUGUUCCGAUAUCGAUGAGGACGCGACAAGAGGUGAUUCCUCAUGUACGAAUUGCGGUGCCGUCUUAGAAGAAUCCAUUAUCGUGUCAGAAAAUCAAUUUCAAGAGAGGUCUGGUGGGAGUGGGCACACACUAGUAGGUCAGUUCGUGUCUGUCGAACGUGCGCAAUCUCAAGCUUGUGUGAGCGGUAAUGGUUUAGUAUCGCAAGAAUCACGAGAAGUCACAUUUGCUAAGGGUAGAAAACUUAUAGAAGAGAUCGCUAGUCAACUACGCAUUAACCAACGCUGUAUCGAUACAUCGUAUAAUUUUUUCAAAAUGUGUGUCAGUCGUAAUCUCACUCGUGGACGUAUCAGAUCUCAUGUCGUAGCCGCUUGUUUAUAUAUGACUUGUCGUCUGGAGAACACCGCGCAUUUGCUUUUGGACUUCAGUGAUGUCACGCAGGUGAACGUUUUUGAUCUCGGGCGUACACUUAGUUUUUUAUCUCGAUCACUGCGUAUCAACCUGCCGUCAACGGAUCCCUGUCUAUACGUUAUGCGCUUUGCAUGCCUUUUAGAGCUCGGAGAAAAGCAAAAAGAGGUUGUGAACCUUGCUACCCGAUUAGUUCAACGUAUGAAGCGAGAUUGGAUGUCGACUGGACGACGACCGACGGGUUUAUGUGGAGCUACAUUUUUAAUACUUUUUUCAAUGUCUUUCAAUUUCAACCGCUCAAUCAGUGAUGUAGUGAGAGUUGUUCACAUCAGUGAGUCAGUUGUAAGAAAACGGCUUGAGGAAUUCAGCCAGACUCCUUCAUCUGCUUUAACUAUCGACGAGUUUUCUACAAUAGAUCUAGAACACUGUGAGGAUCCACCAGCGUAUCGAGAAAGUCGGCGAAAAGCUCGUGAAGAACAGCUGGCUAAAGAAGCUGAGGCAGCAGCACGGAUGGAGAAAGACGUAGGAUCUGAAGAAUUAGAACGAGCGCUUGAAAAGAGGAGGCGAGAAAGAUUCAAGCACACUAGUUACGCUAAGAUUGUUGCUGGUGAGAUAGGUAUGGUUUCUAAAACAGUUCUCUCAAGAAUUUCUUUGCAUAUUUUAAGAAUGUUUAGGAGAGGAACACCGGAUUACCGUCAAUAUGCACCUUCACUUGAUUCAUUAGGAAUUACGCAACGACCAACAAGUAACAAUGUACCAUCUCUAUCAAUUAUAGGGAUUGAUGACGAUGAGAUAGACACUUACAUUUUAACUUCGUCGGAAUCAGCUAUGAAGGAGCGUUUCUGGAUGAAAUUGAAUGGAGAGUACGUCAAGGAGAUGGAGAGACGUCUGCCCCAGGUCGUUACCACCACAGGCAGUCGCAGCUCUUAUGGAUCAAAGGGAAAUUUGCCACCAUGUGACCAGUUUGAUACCAGGACGGUGGUGGAUCCUGGUAUUGGUUUACUCUUAGCUAGGCAUCGAUGUUUAGGCGGAUUUCUCCUUCUACAGAGCCUGGAAUAG